CUAUAAAAGAUGUAUCCGGCCGAAUGCAAUAACUCAGUUUCGCGCGAAUUCCUAACAACGCCGAUAAAGUUAUGGGUAACUCGAGUCUCUGCUUGCUGGCCAUCCUGGCGGCCGUCUUGGCGGCCGUUGUUGCCGAGGAGAUGUACUCGGACAUAUUCGAUCACAUCGAUCCCGACGAAAUCUUGCCGAACGAUGAGCUUCGAGAUCAGUAUUACAAAUGCUUCAUGGAAACCGGCCCGUGCCUGACGGAUGAUCAGAAAUUCUUUAAACAGCAUGCCGCCGAAGCGUUUGCAACGAAAUGCCGGAAGUGCACGGAGAAGCAAAAGCUGAAUGUGGAAAAGGUGGUCGUAUGGUACACCGAGAACCGCCCCGAGGAAUGGAACGCCAUGAUACUGAAGCUUUUGGAGGACGCGAAGAAGUUGAACAUUACGCCCGUUGACUAAAUGUUGCCAAACAAACAACGCAUUUCGCGCUGUCAUGUAUACUUAAUUGUGAAAUAACAAAUAACGAUCUUGCAUCCGCGUGUAGUUUUCCGAGAUAUAGCUGCAAUACACCGAUACGGCGUACGUAGAAAGGCGAGAGAGGCGAGAUUUAGCAUGUGUUGCAUGUGUACAAUUUUAACUUGACAAUAAAAGCCGUUCGUCGUGACGGGUUGAAA